AUGUUGGCUUAUAUCAACCAUGGCGAAUAUGAAGAGGCCAUGGGAAUUUAUUACGAGCUGCGCGACCAUGAAGAUACUAAUAAAGUAAAGGAUUUUGUGUUGGAUGCCAAGAUGUAUGCUACUAUGAUUCGAUCUCUCACGCAUGCAAAAAAUAUGACAGCCCAUCUGAACCGUUUUGAUCCAACAACUGAACCAGUUUAUGCAUAUUCGGUAGAAGAUGACGAUAGAGCCAUUUUGGAAAACAUCGAAGGUGAUUCACAGCCUGCUUUGUUGACAGCUUUGACUUUGUUUAAUGAUAUGCGUCGCUUGGAAAUUCAGCCUUCACCUGAAAUGUACACAAGCAUGUUGAAGGCUUGCACGGAGCAGAAAGACAGUUAUGUUUUAGAGAAAUUGCAUAAAUUGAUGCGAAUGGAUUUGUAUCUAGAUCCUGAUGUACGUGUGUUAAAUCAACUUAUGGAAGCCUACAGUGUCAUUGGUGAUGGACCUUCUGCAUUAGAGAUCUGGGACACAAUAGAAACAAGCCUAUUUAACAGUGAUAGUGUGUCUAUUGUGCUAAAGGCCUGCUUAGAUUAUGGAUAUCAUACAAGAGCAAAUGCUAUCUGGAAUGCAGUAAAAUUAAAGCAACCUGAACUAAGAUUGUCUGUGGAUGACUUCAACAAUUAUCUCUUAUGUGUCAUUCGAUCAAAAGACAUGGAAAAAGCAGAGAAAUUAGUGCAAGAGGGAUUGGCCAAUGGAGAUGCUGAUGAAUCAAGUGUAAAUACUCUAGAACAAUAUAAAUAA